AUGGAACCAAGAUCAAGAGAAACUACUCCUACAAAGGAGGAUUUGGAUUUUAUAGUUGAUGAUGGUUAUAGACAUGAUGUGGAUCCAGAUUAUGUUCCAAAUGAAAAAUAUCUUGUUAGUGGAAAAGAGUUUAAAAAGUUAACUCGAAAUGCUAAAAAACUCGGUGCUGAAUCGCUUGAUUAUUCAACACGCAAAAAUAACAAAUACAUGGCAACACUUCAAAGUGGAAAGAAAGUUCAUUUUGGAUCACCAAAAUAUCCAGACUAUCUUAUUCAUCAAGACAAAGAUCAACGAGAUAAGUAUCUUUCUAGAGCUAAAAAGAUUAAAAAUAAACAGGGGGAGUUAACUUAUAAUAAUCCUGAAUCAUCUAACUAUUGGAGUGUACAUCUACUCUGGCCAGAAAAAAAGUGAAUUAAAGAUUUUAUAAAAAUAUAAUAAGAUGGAUUUAAAUGAUGAUUUUAUUAUUAAUUGUAAUGGUCAUAGAAUAUUUGAUAUAAAUGAUGAUAAUCAAUUUAAUGAAAUGAAAGAAUUUUUAAAAGAAUUGAUUAAAGUUGAUGAAGAUUAUGAUGAUAAUGUUAGCUUAAAAAAAAUAUUAAAAAAGUUGUAAAAAAAUGGAUUAAAAAAAUUAUAUAUCUAAAGAUUUGAUAAAAUAUAGUAAAAUGAGUUCAGAUGGUAUUGUUAGUAAAGAAUAUUUUAAUAGUAAUUAUGUUGUUAAUUUAAACGAAAAAAAACUUAUAAAAGUUUUUUAUUUAAUUGGAAAUAUGGAAAAAAGAUUAGUAGAACUUGCAAAUAGAUUUAGAGAACUUAGUUUUAAAAGAAAUACAGAUGUAGUAUAUAUAGAAAUUGGUUCUUGUUUUAUACACAUUGCAAGUGAAUUGAGAAAAAUUAAAAAAGGUUUAAAGGAAUAGGUUAUUUAAUAAAAUGCAAUUAUCCAGUUAUGAUUAUCUAACCCCAGAGAAUAUUGUUUUUAAUGAGGCUAAAGAGUACAAAGUAAAAGACUGCAAGAUUAAAUACAAACGUAUUCCAAUUGAAGUUAAAUAUCCAAAUGGAAAGAAAGGAGCUUUAGUAAUUGAAACUCCAGUUCUUUUCUCUUUUGGAGUAAAUGAAAAGAAAAACCAAGAAACAAACAAGUUAGUUGGUUAUAGUAUACCAGUAUGUCUUUGGGCUAAAGGUAGUGAUCCGAAUAAUAAAGAAAAAGCAUUUUUUGAUGCUAUUAACAAUGUGACAAAUAUUUCUCAGCAAUGUCUAGAGAAUGAAUACGGUGCAGAUUUAGCAUCAACUUUAUCUUCACCGUUUUAUUUUAAACAGGAAGAAUAUACGGAUAAAAAAGGAAAGAAGAAAACAAGAAUAGAUUCCUCAUCUGCGCCAGUUCUUUACGCAAAACUUAUUUAUUCAGAAAAAUCUAAGAAAAUUCUUUCACUAUUUAAAACAAAAGGAAAGAAAGAUUUAAAUCCUUUUAAAUAUAUUGAUCAGUACUGUAAUGUUAAAAUGGCUUUGAUUAUUGAAGGAAUAUUUAUUAGUAAGACUGUAACAUCUUUGCAAAUAAAAGUACAUGAGUGCUAUGUCAAACCAUUAAAACCUAGGGAGUCUUUAAUAACAAUUGAAGAGGAAGAGGAAGAGAGUGAGGGUGAAUAUGUAAAAGAUGAUAUUGAAGACUUAGUUUUAUCUGACAAAGAAGAAACUGAGUAA